GUUCAUUAGAUCAAUUGAAAGUGAUUUUUGGUGCCAUUGUUGUUGCUGCUUUUUGGAGCUGGGUUGUUGCCAGCGAAGGUCUUUUGCAAUUAAAGCCGUUUAAACGCUACGAAAUAGCUGUGAACAAAGCAAAACGCCAGCUGAAAUGAAAAUGAAAGUGCUACAACGUUUACUGUUAAUCGGCUGUCUGCUUGGCAGCCUGGUCAGCGCUCAGGACUAUCAGGAUUACCAGCCGAGUGCACCUCGAGCGGCGCCCCAUAGACUGCAUGCCAGCGCACAGGAGGAGACGCGACCCGCGCCUGUGGCCAUACUCAAGCAGAUCAACAAGCACAAUGAAGAUGGCUCCUAUACGUACGGCUAUGAGGGCGCCGAUGGUUCCUUUAAGAUCGAAACGAAACUGGCCACUGGCGAGGUGAAGGGCAAGUAUGGUUAUGUUGAUGCCGAUGGCAAGGUGCGCGUCGUGGAGUACGGCGCCAACAAGUAUGGCUUCCAGCCCUCGGGCGAGGGCAUCACCGUAGCACCACCCACGCUGGUCGAUGAGUCCACCAAGGAAGAGCCCGACUACGAUGACGAGCCUGUGCAACGACCCCAGCGACCCUAUCGCGUGCAACGUCCGCAGCAACAGCAGCAGCAUCAGCCACGCCCACAGCCGCCACGCCCACAGCCGCAGCCGCAACCACAGUAUGUGCAGUAUGAGGAGGAGGAAGCGGAGCCGCAGCGUCGUGUGCAAUACGCACCCCAGCCGCAGCCUUCGGUGGGUCCAGCACCGCCUCGUCUCCAAGUGCCUGGCGGUCAGCGCACCACAGAUGUGCUCUACUCGCCGCUGCAGCGUCCCGCCCGUCCUGAGCCCGAUUACACGCAGUCGCAGAGCUUCGGCGAGGGCCCCUCCAAUGUGCGCAUAUCCCGGCCUGUCUAUGCGCUGCCCCCCGCCUCGCCGGCGCCCAGCAGUGCACGCGCCCAGGGCUUCCUGGCACCCGCCUCGGGCGGUCGUCCGCUCCUAGAGCCCGCGCACUUCGGACCCAGCCAGGGCUCCAGUGCACAGCCCGUGCAGCAGCCGCAGCAACAGCCACAGCGUAGCUACCAGCCGCAGGCCCAGGGUCGCAUUGGAGGUGGCGGCGGGGGCAGCCUUCUGGAUCAGCUGGCGCGCGAUUAUGCCCUGCCCCAGGGCAAUGCUCAGCCGUUGCACGACAUUUCCUUUGGCUAUUACUAGAAGUGGGCUGAGGAACUGGUAUUGGGUAGUUAGGCGGCGCAUUGGCCGCUCCUUUGAGUCAGGUGCAUAAUCAACGAUAAUCGUGUAGUUCCCCUACUUCCCCUACCCAAGCCCCUUUUACAUUUCUGUUCCAACUAUUCGCCAGUGAUUCCUUGCUUCUAUUUUCUAGAAUUUUUAAUCUAUAUGUAUAUUCCAUUCGUAUUAUACUUAAUAAAAAAUCAAACAAGUUUUUUUCCUAA